UUUCCGUAUGCCUCUAGGGCAUAUUGGCGCGUAGCAGCCGAAACUUGUUUAGUUGUUUGUAAUUAUUUUUUACUUUUGAAUGUUGUAGAACAUAUCUGAAGAAAGUCUAUCUUUGACGAUAAGUCGCAAAUAAAUGCAGAUUUAGGGAAUGGCGGGAAGUCUUCUCAAUAUAUUCUCUGUAUUACCAGCUGAUUGUCCUGAUAAACUGAAGAAGAUAAUCAAUGACAGCACAAAUCCCAAUGAAACACUGGACAAUCUCCUUAAGCUUUUAGGGGAUGUUGCAAACGAAUCUCACUUAGCUAAUGUUAUCCUUGAGUUAAUUCAACAAAUUUGCUCAAAUUCAGCCAUUCAUUCAUCAGAAAUAGAAUUCACAAUUUUAAGCUUUCAGAAUAUUUACAAUGUGAACCUUCUUAAAGUUGAUAUAAAAUGCAAAUUACUUGAAAUCAUUGUCACUGUCCUUGUCACCUACCAGCCAAGUCAGGAAGUAACCAAAGAUGUUGUUCAGUUUCUGUUAAACAUUCUAGAGAACAAAAGUGAACCUACAUCAUCUUGUCUCACCUCGAUUGAUUGUCUAACUGAAAUAGAGUUGAACAUGCCAGAAAGUUUGAAAACACAUAUAGAAACUUUUGUUGAUAUGUUAAAUCAUGAAGAAUUGAGCAACAAAGUAUCUGAAAUUACCUCACUGAUAAUAAGACAUGCAACUAGUCUGAUUCCAAACCAAUUUCAAAUUAUUCAUACACUUCUGGAAUUAUUACCGUCAUUGUACCCGUUUACAAUGGUCACUGUGACAAGAAAUAUUUUAGGUCUUUGUGGAAUUGGUUUUCAAACGGAAUUAGAAAACUCUGUCGAAAAAUUAAUUGAGAGGUACAAAACCACAUUUGACUUGUGCAUUUUGCAAACAAUUACAUCAAUCCAGGAACGUCUCAAUGGAAUUUCUAACGAGAGUGCCGUUUUCCUGUGUUCUACGCAUCCCGCAUUGCCUGUUGGACGAAAUUUGAUAGCUUUAGACUGGUUAGCCGCCUCAUCUCUUCUACUUAAGAGUGAAGCAAUUGAUAUCAAGCAAUUUCAACCUACGGAUUUCGAUGGAGCAGAUGCGCGUUUGAAAAAGCUAAUUUUUUUAAGCAAAGCUAUGCUUCACCAAUCGUUAGAUUCUACUCCAUUAUGUCUACACUUUGAGCAACUUGUCGCGUUUGCGGUGAAAAAUGGCACGAGUCGUUCAUUUGCUGCAGUUUUCCGAGUGAUGCGAAAUAUCCUUGAGAGUAGAUUCCCUAUAAAUGCAAUCCAAAUUGUGUUGCUCAACACCGUUGGUUUAGGUGCCCGGCACCCUGUUUGCUUGCCUCAUAUCGUUGAUUUCUUAAAGCAUGUUGGUUCAAAUCAACCGGAACAAUUAUCAGAGGCCAUUACAUUAGGGCUAGUCGACGCCUUUGAUGAAACGGACACCACUCUUUUCUUAAUGCCGCAUAUGGAACAUUUAAUUCAGUUUUUUACUGAAUCAACUUUGUAUCAAUACGAAUUCUGCCAACCACGCAUGAUUCUUCGAAUUAUACGUCGUGGCUUGGAAGAAAAUAAUAGUUGUGGUAGUGGAGUGGAGAUUUUGGAAUUGUGCCAAGCUUUGAUAAGGAAUCAGGACUACGAGAUUUUUCAACCAGAAUUAAAAACCGUUUUAUCUUUGGUUGAGACGUCGAAUGUCGAAUCGGAUGUCAAACAACGUGCAUGGAUGCUCCGAUCUCUAAUAACUCACGUUAAUACUGAGAGUUUAAAGGACGCGUUCGAUGCUGAUAUGGAUUUAUCGUCAACUGGCAAAAUAGAAAACACCGACUACUCAUUGAUUUUCAUGAAAGUUCUUUUCGAUUACAAGAUUGCCAACGCAAUAACAGCAGAAUCUCUUCCCGUUUGCUGGUCAUUAGAGCGGAAGCGAUCUAGUCGAUCUUUCUAUUUUCCAUUGGAGAUAAGUCUCGUUGAAAAUCAGAAAAACCCCUACCACGAGUUUUUCGGAUUGAAAAUCGAUUUCAUAGUAGACCCCAAGUUUGGCCGAGCAGAAUCCAUUUACAUCCCUGUACUGGAAAUUAACCAAGUGAGGAAGGCAUGCCUUCAGGUGCAUCCAAUGGCAUGUUCAGCUGUGACCAUUGAUUCAAGGGUUGUGAUGACUACAACUGAUGGUCGGAUAUUUCUUUCAAAACUUGAUCCUAUUCACCUGAAGUUGGAACACUUUUUGAGUCCGUUGUCGUCAACUGCUUCAUUUUCCGAGUUAUGGGAUCGCCUUACUAAUCAAAGUGAUAAGUGCUAUUCCAGCGCUUUGUUUCUUCCUCGACCCGAUCAACUGCUCCAAGCGAUCGAAUAUGGAGAAUUGGAGAGAUUCCAAAUGACGAAAAAGAAACCGACAGAAUUAGCUAUGGUUACUCCCGAUUCUUUUCUUGUUCUAGUUCAUAUUUUAUCAGUUAAAAAUAGCUGGAACGCUGAAAUUCUCGUCGAGGAUCCCUCCGUGUUGCCAGUUAUUCAUUCCCUGCUUAUCGAAUAUUCUACUUGAAAUUUAUUAUUAAGCUCAUUAUCUGGGUUUUCCAACAUCGGGAUCAAGUUUCAUUCAACACAAUAUUGUGAUCUAAUACACCAAAUUCGUAAUUA